UCCUGCUAGACAGAUGCUUACGUGGCGGUUACGAAGGUGAGCCACUUGUCAGAUCAAUAUUUAAUUACCUUGGUGUUUAGGAAAAUAAAGUAAUUGCCUUUGACAAAUAAUUUAAAUCAUUCAAAAGAUUCAUUAAACCAAAAACCAUUAGUUCAAAAUGGCUCUCCUUCACCUCACGGCUAAAUUCGGAGACAAUUGUGGUGUGGUACACAAAUUUGCAUCCAUUUUGAACCACAAAGCCCUUCACAGACAGAUGCGGAUAAAACAGACGGAACAAAAUUUGUGUUUGGAUGCCGAGAAAGUGAAGGAAAAUACUUGGAUAAUCACUCACAUUAAUUCGAACAACCAAUUCCCCACAAUUCCCCUUCACUUACUUAAUCAAUUCAACUUUCCGGGAAACUUCAGAAUUCCGAUCUCUGUUUCUCUCUAAUUCACUGAUCUUGCUGAAUCCGGCGAUGGCGACCAACGACAUUGAAAUCGGCGGUCCGGGGGCGGCGUCCCGGAAGGACUAUUUUGAGCCGCUGCCGGCGCCGGUGAUCGAUAUGGAGGAAUUUACCAAAUGGUCCUUUUACAGAGCCAUAAUCGCGGAGUUCGUCGCGACUCUGUUGUUCCUGUACGUCACCAUUUUGACGGUGAUCGGCUACAAGACCCAAACGGACCUGCUCCGCGGCGGCAGCGUCUGCGGCGGCGUCGGCCCCGUCGGAGUCUCGUGGGUCUUCGGCGGCAUGAUCUUCGUCCUCGUUUACUGCAUCGCCGGAAUCUCUGGAGGGCACAUAAAUCCGGCGGUGACAUUUGGAAUGUUUUUGGCGAGAAAGAUUUCAUUGGUGCGCGCCUUGUUGUACAUCAUUGCCCAGUGCGUAGGCGCCAUCUGUGGCUGCGCCUUGGUCAAGACCUUGCAGAGGGACCAAUACAACCGCUACGGCGGCGGCGCCAACCGACUCGCCCACGGCUACGGCAGAGGCACCGGCUUGGCCGUCGAGAUCGUCGGCACCUUCAUCCUCCUUUACACCGUCUUCUCCGCCACUGAUCCCAAACGGAAUGCCAGAGAUUCCCAUGUUCCGGCGUUGGCUCCACUCCCAAUUGGGUUCGCGGUGUUCAUGGUCCACCUCGCCACAAUUCCGAUCACCGGCACCGGAAUCAACCCAGCCCGGAGCUUCGGCGCCGCCGUCAUCAUCAACGACAAAAAAAUAUGGAAAGAUCAAUGGCUUUUUUGGGUGGGACCACUGAUCGGAGCAACCAUCGCCGCCAUGUACUACCAAUAUGUUCUCAGAGCUUCCGCCGUCAGAAGGCUCGGCUCUUUCAGAAGCUCGCCGCCGUCUCGCUACUAGAAAUUAAACCUACACACUUCAAACAAUUAUAAACCACAAUUCUAAUUAAGCAUUUA